AUGAUUGUUGGAUUAUCGCGGUCAGAACUAUUAGACUGGAUCAAUCGUGAUUUCGAGGCAGGAUACAGUAACAUAGAACAAUGUGGUAGCGGUGCAGUUUACUGCCAAAUAUUUGACUCGAUUUAUCCUGGUCGCAUACCUGUUGGAAAAAUACACUUCGAACCAAGGCAGGAUUAUCAGAUAUUGUCCAACUACAAGCUUCUUCAGAUGGGAUUCAAUAAGGUGGGACUUACAAGAGAGGUUCCUGUGGAAAGAUUGAUGAAGUUUCGAAUGCAGGACAACUUGGAGUUCCUCCAGUGGUUUUGCAAGCUACAGGCGAAUGCUCAGCGUCAUGGAAUCAGUAAUGUGAGCAGUGUGCCUAGUAGGAAACCUUUAGCCUCAAGUCAUAUCAACAGACCGACCAACCAUGCAAGAGUUACCCCAGCAAGAUCGAUAUCGGGGCGAUCCAUGCCUUCAAGAUCGAUACAUAAGGAGUUGGGAUCCCAUUCUCGAAACUUUUCCGGAGAACCGACCGUCAAGCAUUCAAAUGGUUUGAAUACAAAAUCCGAAAGUACAGUCUACACUCCUCGCCGGGCCAUUAGUGGAGAAACUGGUGGUGCCAGAAGUAGCAUACGGAGAUCCUCCGGAAUACGGACUAGGUCUCUGACUUCACCCGAUUACAGUGAUGCCCAAAUGAAAAAGUUGAAAAAGCAGGUGGAGGAACUCCAAGGCAAGCUUAGUGAGGCAGCAGAGACUCAGGAGAGCCUUGAAUACGAAAGGAAUUUUUACUUCUCGAAGCUGCGCCAAAUUGAAAUCAUCUGCCAAAACUUGAACGACAAGAUUCAGCAAGAUAAGGAUUCGAUAGAUAUCACUGUGCCAGAGUUGGUUCAGCAUGUUCAGGAGAUUUUGUACAGUAUGGUGGAGGGCUUUGAGGUUCCAGAUGAUAAUGAAGCAGGCAGUGAGGCCGGAGAUUUUAAUGACUCGGGUAUACUUUCUGGUUCUCCUCUUAAUCAAUCACCACUUAGCAACAGUCUUAGCGGUACACCGGAGCACUCGGCUCAUGCUGGAAUCCCUGACUCCGUCGAUGCAUACAAUGACAAUUCGUUUACUAACAAGUCUGGUGCAGAAGAUCCCGAUGCUUUAAAGAUAUUGGAAGAAGAAACAUUUUGA